AUGUUUUAUUCCAUUUCGAUUUUUGUUCUUUUUCUCAUCGCUGGGAUCGACGCCGAUUGUCCGGACGGCUCUAUUCAAUCUUCUGAUGGGAAAUUGUGAGUUUUUCUUCUCAUAAUUUCUAAACUUAAAAUUUUUUUCACUUGUUAUCCUUUGGACUGGAUCAUUCGAAAAUCAUCUUUUUAUUCAAAAUUGAUUUACAAUCGCGAAAAACUUAUUCUAUCUUGUGACUUUUUGAGAAUAACACUUGAGGUUUUUCAUCUAUUUUUCCAAAUUUUUUUCUCGGAUCAUGUUCUUGGGAUUUUUCCUAGCGCUGGAAAGGCUCGAAAAGUUCAAUUUCAACUAAAAAAACUUCAAUUUUUUUGUUAUAACAUUUUUCGAAAUCAUGAAAUCAUCCUAAUGAUUGAUUCUAUCAAUCUUCAACAGUGAAAUAAAAAUUUUUUUAUUUUUAUUUUUUUUUAUUGUAAGGCAUACUAUUGCAAAAUCAUUCAGCACUGAUUUUCUGAUCCCAAUUUUUUUUUUUCGGCGUCCAAACUCACUUUCAGAUGCUACAAAGCAAUCCAACCAACCGUAAGCUACGGCGACGCCAACAAAGUGUGCCGAUUGAUCUACGGAGGCCUGCCAGCCGUUCAGAAUGCCUACGACAACGCUUUCAUCAAUGGGAUUGCGAUAGGUACAGCUUUUUUGAAAAAAUUAAAUUUUCUGUAUUUUAAAGAAGCAUGAAGUGAUUCCCUUACUCAAAAUGGCCUUUCCAUGAUACGUAUUUAAAUUCCUUUAUGAAAACAAUCAGCCAGUGGCCUCUAAUUCACCAUAAAACAUUGAAAAAAACCAUUCAACUUUCAGAAACUAAUCAGUCCUUCACCUGGCUACCAUACUACUAUUUCAAUGGAGCUUAUCUUGGGCCGGACGGAAAACCGCCGACUUUUACCAAUUGGGCACCCGGUUCGUUCCAUUCAUUAUUUUUGAAGAGAAAAAUCCGAGGCAAAAGUCGGAAGGGACGGAAAAAGGCCCCUAGAAAUUUUCAUUUUAGGGUGUGAAAGAUUCUGCUGCCUUUUGCGCCCUUUCAUCGGCUAUUAUGGACCAUUUUUGCUGCAUCUCCUUUUUCCACCAUUUCUCGAGCUCAGAGAAAAUGGAAGGUUUGAUAAAGGGACCCUUUUUGCUACCUUUUGUUGCCAGCCAAUCAGAGACGUAUUCUCGCUAGAAGGCUGACAGAACGAGCUCCACAGUGUUCCCAAACGAGCGGCAGCUGUGGUCAGUAGGCGUGGCUGACUGCAACAGCGGCACGGUUUAUUGCAAUAGGGGCGCGGGGAUGAGAGUCAAGUUUUGUGGAUUUAGUGGUUGGAAAAAGACCAUUAAAUGAUGUUUUUCCUAGGUUCUCGCAAGUUUUCAAAGAUUUUUAAUGUGUAUUAAAUUAUAACGAACAAAUUUAAAUGAAGAAAGAGACGAAAAAGUUUUUGCAAAACAAAAUAUCUCCCAAAAUGUCGUUUUUUAGGAAAACUCGUCAAAUCGAACUUCCAAAGGGAAAAUUGAGAAAAAGCUCAAAGCACUUCUCUUAAGAAAUACCAUUUGAACGUUUUAAAACAAAAACAAAUACAUAAUAGCUUGUACGAAUAAAGUUGUCACCCAAAAUGACAUUUUCAAGAAUAAAUUCGUCGAAUACUGCCUCGAAAAUAAAAUUUUUAGAAAAAACUCGCGUUUUCGCCCCAUUGCGACGACCUUUUUUUUCGCUUGCCGCCGUCUCUUUUGGAGCACUGUGAGCUCAUUUAUUGGUUACUAUUGUAGUAACAUUCCACGUGAAUCAAUUAUUUUUGAUCCAACGAAAAUGUUAACAGGAGAGCCAACACUGGGCGAAGGCUUCGCGGCAGCCUUGCACUCAUCCGACGGCAAAUGGCGUACUUUUUGUACAGUAACCAGAACAACGUCAUCUGCGCCUUUCCCAAUUCUCAAUGCAGCGAUACAGCGACGACAACUACAAAGCCCGUGAUCCGUACCACUUCGAAUCCUCGUCAUUCAACCAACUCCGAACCCCAACUACUGUCUUCAGCUCUAUCAAUGUAAACUCGUUUGAUUCAUCAUCAUCAUCAAUAUUUAAUGGUUUUUUAGUCAGAUGGAAUCGACUAAGCGGUGAAAAAGAUUGUUUUUUUGAGCGGCACUAACACCGCCUUUCACGAACUAGAAGUUCAAAAAGUGUAGUUGAUCGAAUUGAAAGCAUGGUCAUACGAUCCUUCGCUUCGUUCUUCCACAAGUAUUAAGAAGAAAAUUAUUAUACAUCACCAGGAUGCUUUCUAAACCUCCAUCAGCGAACUCAAAUUAUUUCUGGUACUGUACACGUUUUCCCAUAAGUACCUCUAGCAGCAAAAAUAGAGCCCUUCAACAGAAAAACCCAGCAUAGCCCUUCAACAAAAAAUUAUAAUUCUUAGAAAAAGUCCGUGAAACUGCCUAAAGCUUUUCCUAAGCCUUUUCUCAAUUUUUCAAGUAACAGGAUCUCUUUUGUGUAUUAGGGCAUCUCUUUCUAGAUACUUUUUCGGUUUACUCUCUCAAAAAUAUUUUAAUUGCCUCAAAAAGUAACUCCUAAACAGAAAGACAAAAAGAUGAUCUUUAAUGAAGCUUUUUGGUCCUUUGUGAAGUUUGGCUGUAGAAAAAUAAUUCUGAAAUAUUCCAAAAAUUUAUCUAUCUUUCUGUCAAGAUCCAUCAGUUGAAAAUCUACAGGGUACAAAGAAAUAAACUUACCAUAAAAACUUUCAAAAAAUAAACAAAGGUAAAAUAAAUAUUGAGCACUUUUGUAUAUUUUAUAUUUCAGACGAUUCGAACCCUUGCCUGGACACUUCUGGUUCUUCUACCCAAGAACUUGCUCUUGUUACAAGGUAAAAGCUUGAAUUGUCGACGAGAAGUCCUCAUGGAUAUGAAAAGGAGUUCUAGUGCGCCUCAGAAACAAAUAUUAUUAUUUUUCUCAAAUAAAUGCCUUACAAAUCUAAAAAGUUUGUUAUUAAAAACUUCUGAAAAACAUAAAAACUUGAGAAAAAAUCAAUUUUUCUUCCAAUAAAUUCUAGAAAAACUUUCAAAGCCCCUAUUGCAUUUUUCAGUUGUUAUAUUUCUCACUGGAAUUAAUCAUGAAAAACUUUGAAUUAAUUCACAGCUGAUUCACGGCUUAAUUCGGAUACUAGUAGGCGUGGCCUGUCUGCGCUCUACGCCAACCAGGCACUAUUCUCUUCUUUUUAUCGUGUCAGGACCAUUUUUGAUGGCUCAAGCCAGCCGUGAAUAAGCUUACUUAGUGAUAUUUCUGACAAUUUUAAUCCAACCUUGAAAAUUCCCAGGUCCUCAGCCAGACACACUUUUUCCCUUGCCCAAUCAGUUUGCUCCAACUUCCGCUUUAACAGCAACUUGGCUUCUCAUUCACUAGCGACGAGGAGGCCGUCUUCGUCACUGGUAAUGACUUUUAUGGAAUAGAGACUUUGGAAAAAUUUUCAGAUUUCGCCAUGUCAACAAACAACAACGACAACUGGCAGGUAUGAAAAUCUCGAAAAGAAAAUAAAAUGUACCUUUCUUAUAGUUUUUCUGUGUACAGUGUGUAAAGUAGGGAAUCGAGUUUCUUUUGGGGAAAAACCCUAACUUAUUCACCAUUUAUUCAAGCUUUUUCUAGUAUUUCUAGUAUAAAAACAUCUGUGAAAAUCGAUUUCUAAUGUUAUUCAAUGAAAUUCUGGGUUCGCUCUAUCACUGCCGUUUUUAAAAUCUGUCCUAUUUUUAAAUUUACAAAACAAUUUCAUGGCAUAUCUUUUAAAGAGCAACUGAGGGGCAGCAGGAAAUAAUAAACAGUGAGAUCACUGAACCUUCCAAUGACAUUUAGGUAUCCUCCAUUUCCUUUGAAGAUCAUGAAUUUCCAAAUUAAUGGCUGAAACUACGAAUCGCCACUUUUGUUCAUUUUUAAGACCCAUCACGAUGGACAAGACGACACGAUCAUUGGAUUGUACCGUGCUGACAUAUACUCUCAGUGGUACUAUACAGACACGACGCCUUACCAAGGGUUCCCGUGGGUCGCGCCCCCAUUCGGCCACCUUGGAUUAUUAUGGAACGGUUCGUUAUUCAAUACAAUCUGAGUUAUACCGAAAAAUGAAUGAAAAAGACUGUGCUUUUUUUAAAAACUUGCUUACCAUACUCUGGAACGCUGAGGUACUGAUGAGAAAAAACAAACAAAAAUUGCUCGAAAUUCGGGAUCGAAAAUCGAAAAUUUCCCCAGAAAAAACUAAACUAAAUUGAAAAAUAAUUUUUCGAAUCUUCUUUCAAGUGGUUUCAAAGGCUUGAAAUGCUAAACUUUGGAUCUUUUUUUCGUAAAUGAGACUUUGGAAAACAAGUUUUUCGUAAGUCAGCAAAGGAAUUUUUCCGAACAAUUAAUCCUUAUUUCGCAAAUUAUCCAUAAAAAUUGAAACUUAUUCGUUUCAAGAUGCUCUUUUUAUUCAGUCUUGGGCAAAGUCGGAAUGGUGGAGAAUGGCUGCUAAAAGGUCCCUUUAUCGAGCCCUCCAUUUUCUGGGACUAAAAGCUCGAGAAAGGGUGGAAAAAGGCAGCAAAAAUGGUGCAUAAGGGCCAAAAAAAAAUUUUUUGUACCUUUUCCGACUUUGCCCACGUUUCUCUUCCUUUUCUCUUCCUCCUUACCAAAAAUUUAAUUAAAUUCUUAAUUUCAGCUGAUAACCACAAGAGCGCCUGGAUAUCGAGGCUUCGGCGCCUUUUUCAACACUGGGAAUAA